AGACAGGAUGCGUACACGACUUGCCAACUCGACGGUUCCAGCAUUGCGUAGCGUAUACUUGAGCCUCUCCAGAAGCUCGCCCUGGAUCUGCAGGUCAUGUUCGGUUUAUAGCAGUCCGAGACGGUUCAUCUCGACCAAACCAACACCUGAGAAGCCGUACUACGUUACUACACCCAUCUUCUACGUCAACGCCGCCCCUCAUGUUGGCCACCUAUAUACCAUGGUCCUCACGGACAUUAUCAAACGAUGGGGUGUGCUCAGAGGGGAGAAGGCGAUCAUGUGCACAGGAACAGACGAGCAUGGCCUGAAGGUCCAAAGAGCAGCUGCCAAAGCUGGCGUCGACCCCAAAGCAUUCUGCGAUAAAGGUGCAGAUAUCUUCCGAGACCUUGCGCGUAAGGCCGACAUUUCCAAUGAUCACUUCGUACGAACAACGGACCAAGACCACAAGGAUGCUGUACAAUAUGCUUGGUUCCUGCUACAAGAGAAGGGUCUCAUUUACGAGCAGAAACACGAAGGCUGGUACUCGAUUACCGACGAGUGCUUCUACCCGCAGUCAGGGGUACAGCCAUGGAUUGAACCAUCUACAGGAAGGAAGAUCAUGACGUCCAUUGAGACAGGUAGCGAAGUCGAAUGGUCUUCAGAAGAGAACUACCACUUCCGCCUCUCUGCCUUCCGCGAACCGCUCCUCGAUUUCUACAAAGCCAACCCAUAUUGGAUAGCUCCAGAGCAUCGCAUGAAGGAGGUUGUGCAAUCUGUGGAGUCCGGUCUUGAAGACCUGUCAAUCUCUCGCCCUUACGAUCGACUUCAGUGGGGUAUUCGGGUGCCAGAUGACGAGUCGCAAACCAUCUACGUCUGGCUUGAUGCCCUCAUGAAUUACGCGACCAAAGCGGGCUAUCCUUUCAUACCGGGCAAGGAACAGGAAGGCGGUUGGCCAGCCGAUUGCCAUGUCAUUGGUAAAGACAUCGUUCGCUUCCAUUGCAUCUACUGGCCGGCGUUCCUUAUGGCACUCGGCCUUCCACUUCCUAAGAAGAUCUUAACCCACGCCCAUUGGACCCUUGGAGGUGCAAAGAUGUCAAAGUCGACUGGUAGGGUAGUGGAUCCUUUUCACGCCUUGGAUCGAUACGGACCAGAUGUUAUGCGUUUUUACAUGGCUCAUGAUGGCGGUAUACAGGACGACUCGAGCUACGACAAUGUUCACAUCAUUCGAUUGUACAACAAGUUCUUGAACCAGCAGCUGGGAAACCUUGCGUCUCGCGUCACUAGGGGUAAGAAGUGGAGCGUCCGCGGCGCAGUCGAACGCAUGGGGAGUGCACCGGCGGAGCACUGGAACGAGGGGCCCGGUUCGCAGUUCUGGACCAAUUCUCUGGCCACUGUCACCUCCAAGGUCAAUGGCUCGUUCGAUGCCUACGACCCUCGGAAGGCACUGUAUCAGAUCACUGAGUUUGUGCGAGGAGCAAACGCUUUCUUCCAGAUGUCGAAACCGUGGGACAACAUUCUCGAAUUUGCUCCUGGUGAGCCUGGAGAAGAUGUUGACCGUACCAUUUAUCUUGCCGCUGAAGCUUUGCGCAUGACGGGUAUCCUGCUCCAGCCUUAUAUGCCGAAUAAAGCAGAGAUGCUCCUGGAUCAGCUUGGUGUACAGGAAGACAGACGAACUCUGGCCUAUUGCCAGCCUGGCGCCGACCUUGAUUACGGCACGCCCAUGGUUAUGCUAGGUUCUAAGCACGAGGGCGUACUUUUCCCUCCUCUGGCGAGCGAAGAGUAGUAAGAUGGACCUGUCACGAUAUUGUAAUAUAUGUACUUCCAG